CUUUGGUCCAAGCUACAAUCUAUUCAAAGCCUACCAACUGCAUGUAGAUGUAUUGCAGGUAAAAUAUAUGUUAUCACGUCGGACCAACACCAAUAAGUUAGUAUUAGGUAGAGUUGACCCAUCCCACAUUAAGGGACAAAUAAGUCCUCCCUUCGCACCCCCAAUUACAAAGGGCUCCAACAGUUAAACUUCAUUUUCUUUUCUACUAACUAUACCAUACCAGACGAGUGGGUAUCACAGUUUAAUGGCGUCGCCUCAUUUGGUUUGAAAAUAAUUGAAAGUCAUUAAGAAUAUCUUUGUUCUUACGACUUGUCUCAUCGAGAUGAAUACUAAGGUAGACCAAACUAUCUUGGCCCUUAGACGGGCCAUACAGAACGCUCAUCUUGUCACACCCGACGCAGCUGAAGAAUAUGCAUCUCUAAAUAAUAGUUAUCUUUCAGGAUUUGAGAGUGACCUGUCUCCUGCCUGCAUCUUUCUCCCUCGGUCGAAAGAGGAGGUCGCCGCAUUUGUUCGGACGAUUCGGCCAUUCGUUAGUGAUGUCCAAUUUGCCAUUCGAGCUGCCGGACGACAGCCUUUGCCCGGAUGUGCAAAUAUCCAAGGUGGCAUCACUGUUGAUCUAAGAUCAUUGACUGGCGUUAACGUUCAAGAUGGCCACGUCCAGAUUGCUGCCGGUGAGUCCUGGGGAUCCGUUUACGAGCACCUGGAGCCCCAUGGUCUAGGUGUCACAGGUGGUAAAUCGACGACAUGUGGUAUCGGGGGUUUGGCAACGCAAGGUGGUCUCUCGUUCUAUUCAUCCCGAGAAGGCUUCAUAUGCGACAACGUUAUCAACUUUGAAGUCGUCGUGGCCUCAGGCGAGAUUAUCAAUGCGAACGCCCAAGAAAAUCCGGAUCUUUGGGUCGCGUUGCGAGGUGGUGGGAACAAUUUUGGUAUCGUCACGCGGUUUGAUCUUCGGACAUUCAAGCAAGGGCCUAUGUACGCGGGCAUGGUCUUUUACUAUAAACCUAGUUUUCCGGACCAAAUGGCUGCUCUAGUAAAAGAGCUCACAUCGCCCGAUGCUAGUGUCGAAACACAUCUUAUGCUCAGCCUUGCAUACGCCCAAGUUUUCGGGAAUGGAAACGAUAUCAUUUGUUUGAAUCAGCUUUACUAUACCCAGCCCGUCCAGGACCCUCCUGCUCUGGCCCCUUUUACUCAUGUCCAACCACAGAGAACUGAGAUGAACACUAUGAAAAUUCAGACGCUUGUUGAGGCUGCAACGGAACAAUCUGCUGCGGGGCAGAGCAUGAUCAGAUGUCUCUACAUGAACAUUUGUGUUAAAGCUGAUGUCGAAACACUCACUACGGGCGGCGACAUUUGGUGUGAAGAAUUGGAAUCAGUCAAGGACGCAGCCGGUCUUAUGUGUUCUUACACCUUGCAACCGUACCCAGUGUCACUACUCGAGAACACAAAUGCGAAGGGUGGAAACGUAAUGGGCUUGGACCCCAGCAACGGCCCCGUCGUCAACGUUCUGCUGUUGACGUACUGGACGGAAAAGAAAGAUGACGAGCGGAUCAUCGGCUUUAUGCAGAAGGCCUUGAAGCGUAUCGGACAGAAUGCUGAGGCUAGAGGUCAGUUGGUUCCUUACAUUUAUUGGAACUAUGCAUUUUCUCAUCAGGACGCUCUGCGGUCGUACGGUGAGGAGAACGUGAAGAAGCUGCAGGAGGCCAGUAAGAAGUACGAUCCCAAUGGUGUGUUCCAAAAGGCAUGUCUGGGUGGUUUCAAGCUAUUCACGUAGAUACGGUUACGAUCGCUAGAAUAAAGAAAAGCGAUGGAAAUAAAGUUUACCGAAAGAUACGGAUUGCGGUUAUUAAGUCGGAGGACCAUGGAGGUCGGGAUCGGAUCCGGAGGAGACAAGAUGGGAAGGAACGAGACGGAACUGCAAGACUGUAGCAAUUAGUGUGAGCUUAAAAGUUUGUUGCGACCCAUUAACAACAAUAUAACG